AUGUCUAAACUCAUCUUUAGCAUUGCUCUGUUGGUAUUGGUCCAAGCCAUCAUUUCAGUUGAUGGCAUUCUCCAUCAUUGGUAUUCUGAUGCCAAUGCAACCUUCUAUGGUGACAUGGAAGGUAGAGAAACCAUGGGGGGUGCAUGCGGCUAUGGUGAUCUCUUUGAGCAAGGGUAUGGUCUUAUGACCACAGCUGUAAGCCCUGCCCUAUUCAACAAUGGUUACACAUGUGGAUCAUGUUUUGAGAUGAAAUGUGUGAACAAGCCCAAUUGGAAUUAUUGCAAAAAGGGCUCAAGCCCAAUAAGAGUAACCGUAACAAACUUAUGUCCACCAAAUUAUGGACAAGGUGAUGGACAUUGGUGCAACCCUCCAUAUAAGCACUUUGAUUUAUCAAUGAAGAUGUUCACAACUAUGGCAGAAUAUAGAGCAGGGAUUGUACCUGUUUUAUAUAGAAGAGUUCCAUGCCAUAAACAAGGUGGUGUCAAGUUUCAGUUGAAAGGGACACCUUAUUGGUUGCUUGUGUUGGUGUUCAAUGUUGGUAAUGCUGGUGAUGUUUCUAGUGUUAGCAUCAAAGGGCAAAAUGGUAAAUGGCUUACUAUGUCAAAAAAUUGGGGACAAAAUUGGUUAAUUGGAGUUAACUUGGUUGGACAAAGUUUGUCUUUUAAGGUCACAACUAGUGAUAGGAAAACUUUGGUAUUUCAUCAUGUUGCUCCUUCUCAUUGGCAAUUUGGAUCAACCUAUGAGGGCAAGCUUAAUUUUUAG